GUGAUAGCAUUCCUCACGCGGAACCGGAGCAGCAGAGUCCCGCCAGUGUGACUGACGACUGUGUUGGUGGUCGUGGAGGUUACGCGAUCACACGGGAGAAGACUGCACACCUCAUUCCGUGGACGGUUGAUGUUUUGGUCCUACUCUCCCGUACCCGUCAGGCGUGGUCCAGCACUUGUCAACACAUUCAUUUUGACUAACCCAAGAUUCAUCAAGAUAGAUUUCGGUCUUUGGGUUACUUGAUUUCCUGUUGGCUUCCAGCCGUCGUAGUAGAUACUAUAUGGUCCCUGAAAGGCAAGAGCAAGACCAAGAUUGCCCAAUACCCAUCAAACAUAGCAUCCUCGUGUGAUUAGUGCAUGUCAUGUUCCCGCAGCAGCUCAGCGAAAGUCACUGCACGAAGGGCUGCGUCCCGAGUAAAAUCGUUCUCGUAAAAUACCAGCUCUACUGGUGUCAGCAUGAUGUCCUACCCUUUGUCGAGGUGGGUGACGCUGGUGGUGGUGGUGCAGGCGUUCCUGUUUAUACAGACAGGUUAUUCUGCCACUACAAACUCUGAUGGGGGCUUGGCCAUGCUCGAAGAGUUCCUGAUGACUGAUCCAUCCCUGUUGUGCCACUAUGUGACCUGCCAGGAGCCAGUGUCAUCAGACGCCUGCCCCGAUGGGACGUUAUACAUGGAGGGCACAUCCCAGUUUGGGUGUUGCGGCGCUUGCGUGGCCUUCAGACAGGAAGGUGAAAAAUGCACUGGCAGCAUUGACCCUUCAUAUGGUGGAGGUUACGUGAAGAACCAGCAGAAACCGACUACCUCUUUCAUGGCAUCACUUUAUAAUGUAACAGACAAUAUUGUUGACUCUUCGUGGUGCGACUACAGCUACAUGUGCUUCAAUGAUAAGUGUAUUACAGACUCAAGAGUGGAAAACUGUAAAAGCAUGUUAAACCAUUACCUAAACGAUAUCCAAGAUCCAACUCUCUACAUAUACUACAGAGAUGAUUACCGCUGGAAACCCAAAUGUACGGCCGAAGGCAAGUUUGAGCCUAAGCAGUGCCUAGGCCCAGAGUCUCAGCAGAGGUGCGUGUGUAUGGAUCCCGAUGGUAACAGAAUCUUCGGCCGUGCCUUUCCUGAACAGGAGGAGCUUUUUAAGACCAUGAACUGCAAAUGCUCCCGCCAGGCAUGGGAAAAGAAGCAAGCCGGACAGCUCUCGGUUACCCUUCACUGCUUAGAAAACGGAAACUUUGAGCCCCUUCAGUGUGAGGAUGACUGGUGCUACUGCAUUGACCCGGACACUGGCAUACCCUAUGGUUCACGGCUAUCCGAAAAAGCCAUGCAUUUGCUACCCUGCUACAACAAGACACUGAUAGGCGAGCAGUACCUCCGGCGAUGUGAGAGUGAGUACCAUGCCCACGCUAAGGUGAUAGAGGCCCUGGAUGAGACUGGUGUGAAUGGACCCCAGACCUUCGCGAAUUGUGACCAAGACGGCUCCUAUGAGAGCAGACAGUGUAACCAAGAAUUGUGCAAUUGCAAAGACAAAUAUAACUCGGCUACCCUCUGCUUCUCACUAGAAAAGGACUGCCAGUGUGCCCGGGACAAAAAGUACUACAUGGACACAAACAGUAAAAUGACGGUCAAGUGUGAAGUAAACACAGGCUCCUAUGAAGAGGUGCAGGAUCAAACAGCAUACAAGUACUGCGUUGAUGAGGAUGGGAUUCGCUCUGGUCCGCUGGUCAAGAAAUCUAAGGACUACACUCUAAUCUGUGACGAGGCAUAUCUGUGCCAAAAAAAUGGAGCCAAUACCGCGGAUAGACAUUGCGACAAGGUGUGCACUUUUAAUGUCAUGUAUGACUGUCCUCUAGAGGCAUACCCGCUGGCCGCUAGUUCCCCAGUAGAGUAACAUUUAAUAUCAUAUAGGGGGGGAAGAGAGAGAGAGAGAGAGAGAGAGAGAGAGAGAGAGAGAGAGAGAGAGAGAGAGAGAGAGAGAGAGAGAGAGAGAGAGAGAGAGAGAGAGAGAAAAAUGGGAGCCCAUCCUCUGAUGUGACUAUACUUUUUGCCAAUUCCAACAAUUUCUUAUAAUAUUUAUUAUCUUCUAUAUAUAAUCCAAACCUUUAUUGUUAAUUUGCAAUAAAAAAAUUAAUGUCAAUAUCUAA